AUGGCGACCCAAGACAAGAAGCGCCAAGUCAUCAUUGUCGGUGGUGGCAUCACUGGCCUCGCACUUUCCCUGAUGCUCCAACAUAGCGGAGUUGACUACAUUCUGCUCGAGGCAUACGACUCCGUCACCCCCAACGUCGGUGCCAGCAUCGGCCUGUUUCCCAAUGGCCUGCGCAUCCUCGAUCAGCUCGGUCUCUUCGAGGACAUCCUGGCCAAAGCGCAACCGGUGAAUUCCAUGAUCGUCAGAGACAUGACCACAGGCAAGCGCAUCAUGACGAGGAAGACGCGACAGCUCAUCACCGAGCGCCACGGCUACCCGAGCAUGUUCAUGGAGCGCUACGAGCUGCUGUGCGUCAUGUACAAGCAUAUCAAGGAGAAGAACCGCUUCUUUGUCAACAAGAAGGUCAAGCGUGUUGAGACCCGAGAGAAUGGGGCCACGGUGUACACGGAAGACGGCUCCGUGUUCCAGGGCCAGAUCGUCGUCGGCGCAGACGGCGUGCGCAGCACCAUCCGCCGGGAAAUGUGGAGAAACGCCGAUGCCGCGAACGAUUCCGCCGCUAUUCCGGCGCGCGACAGGCAAGACAUCCCGUGUGAGCACGCCUGCAUCUUCGGCACCGCCAAGCCUACCGAGGGCAUCGCGGCUGGAGAGGUCACCGGUGCGAGCGGCCACGGCACAGUCGCGGGCUGUAUGGGAGGCCCCGGGGCCGAGGUCUUCGUCUUCUGGUUCUGGAAGCUGCCUGAUGGGCAACGUACGUGUCCCAUCAACGAUAUUCCUCGAUUCGACGACGCGGACAAGGUUCGCGAGUUUGCGCGGGGCGCAGACAAAACGGUUGCCGACAACGGUCUGAAGUUCGGCCAGGUCGAGAAGAACUUGCUCUACAGCGGCGUCACAGCUCUGCCGCACUUCGUGAUGCGACGAUGGCACUACGGCCGCAUCGUCAUCCUCGGCGAUGCCGCGCACAAGUUCAACCCCCUGGUCGGCCAAGGUGGCAACAGCUGCAUCGAGUCCUGCGCCGCACUCGUCAACCAGCUUCAGGCACAGAACCUGUUGGGCCCCCAGAGCAGCAACCCGGCCUCCUGGCCUGUGGCAAGCCUGGGCAAGGCGUUUGUCGCCCUCGAGAAGCAGCGCGUCGACCGCCUGGUCGAUAUGGUUGAGAGCUGCCAAGACGCUAUGCGCAGCUCCGCGUGGGAGUCGUGGAAGCUCAGAAUGCUGCACAAGUACAUGCUGCCUCUGAUGCCGCUGGACAAGUACGUCGACUACUACAGUCAGCAGAUCUCUGGUGGCCUCCGUCUGCUGAGCAUCGACCCGCCCAAGGCUGCUCACAACUGGCCGUAUUCUGACGAGAAGACACCCGAAGAGAAGUCGCUCGCUAUCAGCAAGGCCGGUGUUGUGGCUACGAUUCCUGUGGCGGCUCUCACUGCGUUCAUCUUGGCUAAGGUGCUGCGCAGCGAGAAUGGGCUCGGUGGAUCGAUGUUGAUGUCUCGGGUUUUCGAGAAGGUGGCUAGCUUCAGACAGUAA